GACGCCGGGGGGCCGGGGGAGAGCCGGGGGCCGCAGAGCAGGGUCAGAGGCGCAGGGCCAACCUAACAGAGCCAGGCCCGGGGCCCACCAUGUAUACUUCUGAAGCGAUGGGACCUGAAGAGAGCGCCUCGGGGCGCCCCGGGCGCAGCGCACCCGCAAAGAAUCAACCCAAACGCUCAACGCCGUCCGUACGCUCGGUGCACCCAGGACCCAAAGGGAAACCCGCAGUCCCCAAGAAGGCCCCAGACCAGAAGCCAAGCGAACAGGCGGCCCCCAGCGAGUGGGAGAAGGCGGUGAUCCAAAAGCGCGCGGAGGGCCGGACCAAGGUCCCACCCAGGUUCAGGGACAGCAUCAAGCGUUUUUUCUUCUCACCCACCGGAGCGUUGAAGAUCGUGCGGCUGGAUCUUAUCAACAGUUUCGUUACAACUGUGUUCCUUUUAGUAGUUGCCAUCUUGACAAUGCAAGAAAAGGAAAGGAGGCAUUUAUUCUAUAUCGGAGGGUGCCUGUGUCUCUCGGCGGCAAUCGUGUGUCUCGUGGAUGCGUCCCUGGUCACCAAGAUGGUGAGGCAGGCCAUGAAAAAAGCCCUGGGCUUGGAAGGCGAAACCACACCCUCUCCCGCACAGGCGGCGGCGACGGCGACAGCGACAGCGACGGCGGAGGCCGGGGAAGAACCAACCCAGCAACCCAUCCCCCAACCUGACAAGAUGCUCAGCCCUGCAGCCUCGGAGCGACCCACCGGGGGACCCUCGCUGGCCAAAGAGGCUGCCGCCACCCCCUGA